AUGAGAAAACAAUUAAUAAGCAAACUCUCACAAAUUGUCUCCCGUGAUUUGGGUAAUCGUGGCAUUGGAAAAUUAAUAGAAAAAUACACAAAUAACUCUUCCGAUUCUACUAUCAAACAAUCUGAACUGUAUUGUGGCAAUGAACAUUCUAUCGGAAAGAUUGUUGAUGAAUUUAUAAUGCCAAAGGUUGAUUGCCAAAAAGAUGUUAUUUCUAACAAGUACAUUUCGAUAAUUACUGGAUUUUCUGUGCCACCAAAUGGAUUUUCGGAGAAUGAUGGACCUUUGGGUGCAAUUUGGAUUGGAUUGGGAAUUGUGAAAUAUUCCAAUUUGAAUGUUUUAUAUUUUGUGGAUGAGAAUCAAUACAAUGCAAUUUCCAAGUUUGCCAAUAUGGUUUUUGAAUCAAUGAAAGAUAGAAUUAAAAUUGUUAAAAUUACAAAGAGUGAUUUGGAUAAUGUAAAACAAUCAUCAAGUAUUUCUGAAUGUAUUGAAAAUAUUGAUUCAAUGAUUUCUAUUGAAAGAGUUGGAAAAACCAAAGAUUCUAAUUAUUAUAGUAUGAGAGGAAUUGAUAUUUCAAGUUACAAUUUGUCAAUGGAUAGAUUAAUUGAUCAUGUCAGAGAAAUCAAACCAGAAACUCAACUAAUUUCUAUUGGGGAUGGAGGUAAUGAAAUAGGAAUGGGAAAUGUAAUUGAUGGAGUUGCACAAUUCAUCCCAAACGGUGAUAAAAUAGCAUGUGCUGUCAAAUGCAAUCAGUUAUUAAUUUGUGGCGUCAGUAAUUGGGGUGGUUACUUACUCUACCUAUUAUUUGAACAUUGUAAUUCAUCGCUCACUCUUCAAACAAUGCAAGGUAUUAAUAUUGAACUCGAUAGAAGCUAUCUAGAAUAUAUGAAUAAUGAAUGUAAAAUGGUAGAUGGUGUUAGAAAUCAGCCAACUAUGAGUGUUGAUGGUCUUGAGUAUGAUCUAGUUCAUGCCAACAUUCUAAAGGAAUUAAAUGAAUGUUUCCAAUCAUCUAACCAAUAA